AUGGGUGGAUGUGUUAGUCAUCGUCGUCAUACUCAUACUCAUCGUCGUCGACGAUCUCAUUCGUCUCGAAGCAGUGCAACAACAGGUGGCACUGUCGGUCGAAACAAACCAUUAAAUCGUUCCGCUUGUCAUCCCCGAUGGAAAUCAGAUGUUGCCAUAACAGAAAAUCAAUUGCGGCGUAAACGGGAAGAAUACUGGGAUACAGCUCCGGCGUUCGAUGGACGAAAAGAAAUUUGGGAUGCAUUACGUGGCGCGUGUUAUGCAAUCGAACAGAACGAUAUUGACUUAGCACAAUCAAUCAUCAAUUGUGCUAAUAUAUCUCUUCCACAUGGCACAUUGCUGGAUUGCUAUGAUGAACUCGGUACGCGUUAUCAACUACCUGUCUAUGUUCUAUCAGCACCGACAAACAUGAUUGAUGGUGAACAAUCAUCGAUCGACUCACGCGGUGAUUAUGAGUCAGGUACAAGCGAUAUAGGUCUGGCAAUAACAGUAGCAGCUGAUCGUGAGCGUGAUUUCGGAGGAAAUCAUAGUUCAUCGUCAUCAUCAUCAACGUCGUCAGCCCAUCAGCAUCGUGUGACGACGAAAUCUUCCAACACACAUCAUAUUGGACAUAAUCCAAUUGUACGGGAAAUCAAAAAACAUCGUCGGAAACAAAAGUCAAGUACAAAUACUGAUUCAGGGCAUGAUUCGUCUUCGACAAACACCACCACACCUCCACCAACUAUUAAUUAUCAACCAGCCAAUGCCGAUCAGGAUGUCGAAAUCGCCAUUAAAUUUCGCUUGUCAAAUGGAAAAGAACAUCGAUUAUACUGCAAAAAGAAUGAAAAAAUACGACAUAUUAAACGACGUGUGGCAUUGUUAGAAAACGGAGAUAUUGACUCACAAACCCAACGAUUCUUUUUUGGUGGCAAACUAUUACGUGAUCGUUCUACUGUACGCGACGCACGUUUACAACGCAAUUUCGUCGUUCAAGUCAUUCUGACGGAUAAGCCAGUCUCUUCGAUUAAUGCCAUCACAACAACUGAUCAUAUAACACCUACAACGGAUGAUGUCAAACAUUCGAAUUCGACAUCAAUCGAAAUACCAAUUUCAAAAUAUCUUGAUCGUCAAUUAGAACAAUUACGUCGUUGUGAAUUAAUUACCGAAAGUGAAGUGAAAACCUUAUGCACGAAAGCACGAGAAAUACUGGUUGAAGAAAGUAACGUUCAAUGUGUUGAUUCACCGGUUACAAUAUGUGGUGAUAUUCAUGGACAAAUGUUCGACCUAUUAGAAUUGUUUCGUGUCGGAGGCGAUGUACCUCAAACGAACUAUUUGUUCUUGGGUGAUUUUGUUGAUCGUGGCUUUUAUAGCGUUGAAACAUUUUUGUUAUUACUUGCUCUGAAAAUUACACAAGUUUACGGUUUCUACGAUGAGUGUCUGAGAAAAUACGGUUCAAUCAUGGUCUGGCGGUAUUGUACGGAAGUUUUUGAUUAUUUAAGUUUAUCAGCCGUUAUCGAUGGAAAAAUCUUUUGUGUUCAUGGUGGUUUAAGUCCAUCGAUCAAUACUCUUGAUCAAAUCAGACAAAUUGAUCGAAAGAUGGAAGUUCCACAUGAUGGGCCGAUGUGUGAUCUAUUAUGGUCUGAUCCCGAAGAAACACUUGGCUGGGGCGUAAGUCCACGUGGUGCCGGAUACUUAUUUGGUAGCGAUGUUGUUUCGCAAUUUAAUCAAACAAAUAAUAUUGAUUUAAUUUGCCGUGCACAUCAACUAGUCAUGGAAGGGUAUAAAUGGCAUUUCAAUGAAACUGUAUUAACUGUUUGGUCAGCACCGAACUAUUGCUAUCGAUGUGGAAAUGUGGCGGCUAUACUUGAGCUCGACGAACAUCUCAAUCGUGGUUUUACUAUAUUCGAAGCAGCACCGCAAGAUCAACGUUCAGCAACAACGAAACGUGUUGUGCCGGAUUAUUUUCUUUAG